AUGGACGGUACAGUCAAGUUCUUUGGUGUCACUGACGGAACGUACAAUACCGCACGACUCGCCACCCAUCCCGAACUAGCUACCAGACUGUCCUUGGCGCCUCUGUCCAACCAGAAGCUGAACGUGCCGAAAAAUAUGUGGAAGAGCAUGGGACUGCGUCUCCUCUUUGCUCAGAGCACCGAAGUGGCAUUCGCACUUAUCGAGGCACAGAUGCUAAAGAGCGCAUUCCCAACUAUGCUCGACGAAGACAAGCAGAAGCUGCAAGACGGUAAUGUUACUAUGAUCAAGAUCGAGAAAAAGCAAAGGACCUAUAUCUACAGGCUUUUCUCGGUGCUGAAUCUCGACAUGAUUCGGCAAGAGAAACCUUGA